AUGGCAGCUGCUGACAUUGAGUCUCGCUUAGGGGACCAGCGGAGUCUCCCAUCGCGAGACCGAGUAGAGCCCGGCUCUUGCAAUAUAGCACUUGGCACAUUCCCCGAAACAAACGUCGCCGCCCCGGAAGACCCCGACAAGAUCGCGACUGGCAUAGUUGAUCGGCUGAAUAACGCACUUGAAAAAAAAGACGCCGAUGCCGUUUCACAGCUAUUUCUGGAAAACAGUUACUGGCGCGACCACCUGUGCCUGUCUUGGGAUUUUCGGACUCUUAAGGGCUCUAAAGCAGUCUCGAAAUUUGUAACAGAAAGCUCCUCGUCCAUCAAAAUUGAGGUCGAUCAUUCAUCUGCGUUCAGAGCGCCGCACAAUGGACCUAUCGAUGCCUUUGGGGAAGUUCACGGCGUGGAGUGUUUCAUCAAGGCUAUCACCAACCUUGGAAAUGGACAAGGUGUCCUGAGACUGGCUCAGGAAGGGAACGAGUGGAAGAUUUUCACCGUUUCCACUUCCCUACUGGAGUUAACAGGUCAUGAGGAGGCGAUUAAUGCGCGCAGACCUGUUGGCGUGAGGCAUGGAGAACAGCAGGGGCGCCAGAAUUGGCAGGAUCGGCGAGUUGCCGACAGCAAAUAUGAAGAUAAGCAGCCCACUGUACUCAUCAUCGGUGCUGGCCAAGGAGGUCUGACCGCCGGCGCUCGUCUGAAGAUGCUCAAUGUCGAUACCUUGAUCAUCGACCAAGAGGACAGAAUUGGAGACAGCUGGCGUCGGCGGUACCACCAACUCGUCCUCCAUGAUCCCGUGUGGUUCGACGCACUUCCUUACCUCAAUUUUCCGUCCAAUUGGCCUAUCUUCACUCCUAAGGACAAGCUGGCCGAUUUUUUCGAGUCCUACGUCAAGCUUCUGGAGUUGAACGUCUGGACUCGAACCGAGCUAAAGUCAGCGUCGUAUGACGAGGGCAAGAAAGAAUGGACCGUCGUUCUCGAGCGCAGGAAGGAAGACGGCACCACCGAAACUCGCACCCUGCAUCCGCACCAUGUCAUUCAAGCUACCGGACACUCCGGUAAAAAGAAUAUGCCAACCUUCAAGGGAAUGGAGAACUUCAAAGGACACCUCAUCUGUCAUAGCUCCGAUUUCAAGGGCGCGAAAGCAAGCUCCAAGUGCAAGAAGGCUAUCGUCAUUGGAUCUUGCAACUCCGGCCACGAUAUUGCCCAAGAUUACGUUGAAAAGGGCUACGAUGUUACGAUGGUGCAGCGAAGCUCCACCUUGGUCGUAUCAUCGGAGUCAAUUGUCGAUAUCGCAUUGAAGGGCCUUUACGAAGAGGGUGGACCCCCGAUCGAGGAUUCAGACGCGUAUCUGUGGAGCAUCCCUCCCGAGCUUUUCAAGGCACAACAGGUCAAGGUUUUCGAGUUGGUGGCCAAGAACGACGCGAAGACCCUCGAGGGAUUGGAGAAGGCUGGGUUUAAGGUUGACCGGGGCCCAAUGAACGCCGGUCUUUUGACCAAGUACCUCCAACGCGGCGGCGGGUACUACAUCGACGUGGGUGCCAGCAAAUUGAUCGCGGAUGGGAAGAUCAAGGUCAAACAGGGGCAGGAGAUCAGCGACGUUCUGCCAAACGGGCUCCGAUUCGCCGAUGGGUCGGAGUUGGAAGCAGAUGAGAUUGUCUUUGCGACCGGCUACCAGAACAUGCGCACCCAGGCCCGCAUUAUCUUCGGCGAUGACGUUGCCGAUCGGGUCGGUGAUGUAUGGGGUCUAGAUGCAGAGGGCGAAAUGCGGACUAUUUGGCGGCGCAGUGGCCACCCAGGCUUUUGGUUCAUGGGUGGAAACCUCGCGCUGUGCAGGUACUAUUCUCGUCUGCUGGCGCUGCAGAUCAAGGCGUUGGAGGAGGGCAUUGCUACAUACUAG